CUGAAAAUGAAUGUGAGAACGUAUAACCCAUCUGUUCGGGUUGGAAAUUGGAAUGAAGAUAUCCAGUUGGAAGAGGACACUUUGAAAGAUUUCCUAGAGAAAAGAGAAAAGGGGGAGCUCUCAUCCCAGAAGCGCUCCAAACUCUCACAGAUGCUGUUCAAGCCGGUCUCUCUGAGUAUCUCCAGAGAUGGAUGUGUCCACUAUGGAGAUGUUGUAGUCUUACAGUGUCUUGGGGCACAAGACCGAACCCAGUACACAAAUAACGGACCCCGCAAUACUUGUAAUUUGGCUGUUACUCCUCAAGCUAGUAACCUCUUACAGUUGACAAAGUUGGAGGGUACCUGUGAUGUGUCUGGAAGUACUUCAUUGGAGCCAAAUCUCCGAAGCUCCUUUGUUAUCACGGGAUGUGAACCCUACCAGGCAAAAGGUCAAAAGUUGUGUUAUGGUCAGGACUUUUUCCUCUGUACAAUGGAUGGAGAUGGUGGUAAUUUAUACCUACAAAGUGACAGGGCAACAUUGGAGAAGUCUGCCAAUCGUUCUCGUCAUCAGGCUGUAACAUUUGUCCCUCAACCUUCAGCACUCACAAAGUGGAGGAUACUCUACUAUGACCCAAGGAUGAGGAUGGAAAAUGAAGGUCUUCCAGUGCCAGCGAACAGUAUAGUGAUCAUUAGCCACAUGAAGACCAACCACAACUUAGCAGUGGAAGAGAACUUUGUCAUGAGAACUCCUUUUGGACACAGAGAGUAUGAAAUUUCUGCCAACACAUACCUAGAUUCUCACCGAGCAGAGAAGGAUGUGAAUCGCUGGAUGAUAAUGAUGGGUGUACCUGGUGAUGAGAUCCGUCCAGUUGUUCCAGACAGCCAAUGACAAAAUCGUUGUAUGAGUGAGAAUUAUCAAAACAUUUGGACUUAUCUGUGAUCAUAUUGACCAUUUUGAAAACUUUUCACCAAAGUCUUAAACAAACUCUUAUGCAAGUGAACAAGGAUACAUCAACGUUUUACACAACUGAGGCUGUUUUUUAACAAAGCAGAUCAAUAUGCAGAAAAUUGUACACACACUGCAGGACUUAUAUGGAAAUAUCCUCAGAAUGUGUAUGUAUAGUGAAAUGUUAUAACAAUAUGUACAACUUUCUGCAAAUUUAAGAUUGAAAUGAAAUAAUAAAAAGGUAAAAAGAA